GCGCCAGCUAUUUCGCGGCCUGCCACACCCGUGGAAGGCGUGAUCGACGUGGAAAACUUCCAGUCCCUGGCGUAUGUGGCCAUGGCAAUGGAGGUGGACGAAGAUGACGAAGCACCGCUCCUGGCUCAGCUGGGAGGCACGUCAAGUGGCAGCGCCAGCAGCUCGCAGGCCCCGCGGUCGGUUCUGGACCCGUUCAACGGCAUCGUGCCGAGCUUCGACGAGUUCAAGCGGCGAGCGCGCAAUGCCGAUCCUACACAGCGCAUUCCGCGACUUCGAGACCGGCGCCCGGAGAACGGCGAUGAUGUCGAUGCGACGCUGGAGCAGCUUCAGGUACUGAACGACCUCUUGCAGAGAUCUCAGUGGAGGUAA